UUACGACGUGAACAGUUAGUAAGUGCUAUUAUAGUAAUAUUAUUAUGUAAUGUAAUGAUAAUACUAUGAUUUGCCAUCAUGGAUGGAUUAAUGAGGUUAAACUCAUUACAUGAAUAUCUAAGUACAGAGGGCUUAGCCAACGAGCUAAUCUCUGAAGGUUGUACGAAAUGGGGAAAAAUACAAACUCUCAGUGAAGUAUUUAGUACUCUAGAUAUAGCUUUAGUGGUAAUAUUAAGUUUAAUGAGAAUGAAUCCUUAUUAUAAAAUUGGUUCAGCGAUACUAGGGUCUUCUGAGAUUAAUAGUAGAUCAAAGAGCUUCAUAUAUGAAAGAAAUAAAGAUGAAUGCAUUUAUUUCAAAUCCAUCAUCAGAAGCACCAAAACAGAGGAGGACUUAAUAUUUAUCCAAGACGGUAAUAGUCUGAAGGCUUACUUAACCAAACACGGGAACCUCGGAAAGGGUAUAUUAUUGAAGUGAAAUAAUGUCAAAUUUCACAUACUUAAAUCUUGAUUUAAGGUUACUGUAAUAUAUCUGUAUGUAUAUUCAUUAUUGGGUAUAGUUAGAUUAUAUAACCUAUUUAUUAUAAGUUUCAUACAAAUCAUAAAUAGAAUACACGGGGGCAAGAUAAGUGAGGAAGCAAAAGUUCUAAGUAACGUUAGAAAUACCAUAAAACAUCAAUCUAGGGAUAGAUUGGGUUUACAAUGGCCAAGAGUUGAACAUAUUGGACAAAAGCUGAAUUCACGAUGCCUUAGUAUGAAUGAACUUUAUAUCCAGAAACGUAGCUAUUCAAAGACUAGGGAGGAUAUAAGCGAAUUUCAAUUAUAUCUGAAGUCUGUAGUUAAUGGAGUGUUUGUAUGACCAAAUAGUUUUGUCUUAGGGCAUAUUAGGAAAGUUGUACAUGAACAACAAAUGGAAUUAGUUCAUUUAGCUAAUAUACAUGGUGCUAAAUCUGAAUUAGUCAUGAAGAGACAAAUGAUGUUAGUAAAUUCAAUAAUAUUUAGAUUACAUGCUGUGGAUAAAUUAUCUCAUUCUAGAGGUUCUCUAACAUCUGGAGUGGAUAAUGUAUGUAUUGAAGGAGUAGAUAAGGAUAGAGCCUUACUCGUGGAAAUAGUCGAAUGACUAGGAACAACAGUAAAACAUCCUAAGUUAUAUAAGAGUGAUCCGGUAAAAAGAGUUUGAAUACCAAAAGGAAAUGAGAAACUUAGACCUAUAGGGAUUCCUACUCUUAAAGACAGAGGUUUACAAUAUUUAAUUAAUUUAGUAGUUGAACCCUUAGUUGAAAUGACUAGUGAUCCUCAUAACUAUGGGUUUAGACCUUAUCGUUCUACGAAAAAUGCCAUUGCUUAUUUGAGAUCUCAUUUACAUACUAUUGAUAGUUCUAAAAAGGGAAAUCAUUUUACAACUGCAUCAAACGUUGAGAAUAAUUUAUUAAGAUUAUUACCAGAAAAUAAAUGAAUUCUGGAUGCUGAUAUCAAAGGUUUCUUUGAUAACAUUAAUCAUGAUUGAUUACUUAAUAACUUAACCCUUCAUCCUAAAUUAUUACUCAUUAUUAAAGCUUGAUUAAAGAGUGGAGUAAUAGAUGGUAAAAUAUUUCAAUUAACUGAAAGUGGUACUCCUCAAGGAGGUGUCAUAUCUCCUACUUUAGUUAAUUUCACUCUGAACGGCUUGGAGAAGGUAGUAAUGGAAGCAUUAUAUCCUUUAACAAAAAGUAAAGAGCAGAGAAUCAGGAUUAAAUUAAAGGAUGGUACGUAUACAUGUGUCGCUUCCUCAUUAGCAUAUGUAAGAUAUGCUGAUGAUUUUGUCGUAUUAGUUAGAUCUAAACACAUUAUGCUUACAUUCAUUAAACCUGCUAUAGAAAAGUUCUUAGCUGAACGAGGUUUGAAUCUCAAUGAAGAGAAAACUAAACUAUUUAGAUUAAGUGAUCCAGGUUGUCAAUUAGACUUUUUAGGAUAUACUUUUAAAUAUCAAGAUAAAUGAAGUAUUAAAAGACAUGUCUUUUAUCAUAAUCAUGCGGGAAGUAGAGGUAUAGCUUUAUACCCUAAUAAAACAAAGGUCUUAUCGUUUAUUGAGAAAUUAAAACUUAUCUUCAAGAAAUCUAUGAAUUUGGACGCCUAUAACUUAAUAACCAAACUAAAUCCUAUAUUGAGAGGGUGAUCUAAUUAUUAUAAUAUGGGUAAUUCCUCUCAUUAUAGAGAUACAGUGCGGAAUUCCCUUUACCACUUGAUAUGAAGGUGAGCUCAUCGUAAACAUAGAAGAUGAAAUAGACAUGCUAUUGCAAAAACCUAUUUUCUGACUGCUAAGGUUGAGGGAACUAAGCUUUCCAAUACUGAGUAUUCUAUGUUUAAGAAUGUUAAAUGAGUAUUUCAUGGUAAAACAAGUGCACAAUCGAGAUAUAAUGUUGAUAAAACUAAGUUAAUAUAUUUAGUAGAUGUAGGAAAUGUAUCUCAACUACUUGCUGCUAAAUACUACAAUAUUCCACAGAAUCUAAUUCAUAUUCAUGCGUAUCAUAACGAUUAUAUGAAAAUAGUUGAAUAUAAUACUAACGUUAAUUUCAAAGCUUUAGGGGUAAAUGCACCCUUCAAACAGAAAUUAUUAAUCAGACAGAACAAUUUAUGUCCUGUAUGUCAAAGCACACUGACGGAAUCCUCGGUAGGUUGAACGAAUGUACUUCACAUUCAUCAUAUUAAUCCUAUUGCCAAAGGUGGUGCACGGAACAAAUUAGACAAUCUAAUUUUAGUACACUCAUGAUGUCAUAAAGACUUGCAUCGUGUGAAUAGAAGCCAUAAGAACGAAAUAGUGUUAUAA